CAUGGCGAGCUCUUGUGAGAGGCUCAAUGUUACACAGCCGCGCUGUAUGUAGUGGCUCUGUUUAUAUUCCGCUGUGCUUUUCAUCGCCUGCGCCACACUAACGGGUGUUAAUCCAACAGACAUAAGAGUUUAAAAUGUUUUCGGUUGUAGUUCGGAGCCGGACUCCGGUCUCUCUUAUGCUGUCCCCUCGGUUCGGUGUUGUAGUUGAGAGUGUACGGGGCAGGAAGUCUCGCACUGACCCGAAAGCCAAGUCUAAAGCGGGCCGAAUCAAGACCCCGCCCCCGGUGGACCCUGUGGAGAUGGUGGUGCUGAAGGAGCGCUUCACUGAGUAUAACCUCAUCAUGAGGGCGCUUAGGUUACAGUUUAAAGAGGAGAUGCUGAGGAAGCGCUAUGAGGAAGAAACCGGCUCUUUAGCGGAAGAGAGAGCCAAGCAGGAGGCUGAGGAACACAGAUCAUUAAUGGCCUGGAAUGAUGCAGAAAACCUCAGAUUGCGAAAAAUCCGUGAGCUGCGUGUGCAGACAGAGACAGAGACUGCUGAACAGAGGAGGAAAGAGGCAGCAAUUUUGCGUCAACAAGAGCUUGAGAAUUACAUAAAAGAAAAAGAGAGAGAAAUCCUGCAGCUACAGGAAGAGGCAAAGAACUUUAUUACACUGGAAAAUUUGGAUCAGCGGAUUGAGGAGGUGUUGGACAACCCCAAAAACUACAACUUUGCUAUAGAUAAAGAGGGACGAGUGGUCAAACGAACUGCACUGCAAUAAGAAAUAUUGAUCUAAACAUCAGGACUGAAAAAUUGUGUGUCUAUUUACUUGCGCUAUCAAACCUAUGUGACUUUAAUUGUAAGCUGUAAGGAUGUUACUUUGUUUUCCUAAGUAAAAGUUAAUUUGUGUUUCAGUUA